AUGCAGUCGCGACGGGUUCAAGCGCUUCUGGCCGCCUGCUGGUCUUCGUCCUGCCUGGCCUCUAUAUCCAAGAUGCCCGACUUUGCCACGUCUGAAGCCGGAAAUCCGUUUGUCGACGGCUGGUAUGCCGACCCAGACACGCAAUUCUACAACGGCGAGUACUGGGUGUAUCCAACCUCGUCGCGGCCAUACGACGAACAGACAUAUCUGGACGCCUUUUCAUCCCCAGACCUCGUCCACUGGACGAAGCACUCCAACAUCCUGACGGCCGACAACUUCACGUGGGCACAUCGAGCUGUCUGGGCACCGGCGCCGAUAUAUCGCAACGGCACGUAUUAUCUCUACUUUGGCGCGAAUGACAUCCAGUCAGACUCUGAGCUGGGCGGCAUCGGCGUGGGCGUGGCUGAGCAUCCAGAGGGCCCGUAUACCGAUCCCCUGGGACGUCCACUCAUCGACGCAUAUCACAACGGCGCGCAGCCAAUCGAUCAAGACGUCUUCAUCGACGACGAUGGCCAGGCGUACAUGUACUAUGGUGGACACUCUCACGCCAAUAUCAUCAAGCUAAACGAUGACAUGAUCAGCCUGGGCACCUUUGACGAUGGAAGCACCUUCAAGGAGAUUACGCCUGAGAACUAUGUCGAAGGGCCGCAGAUGCUCAAGCGGAACGGCAUGUACUAUCUCUUCUGGAGCGAAGGCGGCUGGACGGGGCCCGACUAUGCGGUUUCGUAUGGUAUGAGCAGCUCGCCUCUUGGACCGUUUGACCGCAUCGCCAAGAUACUGCAGCAGGAUGAAGCAGUGGCGACAGGCUCCGGCCACAACGCGGUGAUUCAGGUUCCCGAUACAGACAUCUACUACAUUCUGUAUCACCGGCAUCCAUUGGGCUCUACCGACGGGAACGACCGUCACUUGGCGUACGAUAGACUCUAUUUCCAUGACGAUGGCACGAUAGAGCCAGUCAAGAUGCUGGUCCACGACAAUUUUGAAGAUGGCGACACGAUUGGCUGGGAGACGUACGGCGGCGGUGACUGGGAUGCUUCGGCAAAUGUUCUGCGAGGAAACGGCGGCCUGGCCCUCGUCAACACCAACUUUUCCGACUUUACCUAUGAGGCGGACGUACAGCUAUCGGAGGCGAAGAACAACGACUGCGGCUGCCACGGCCAUGCCGGCAUCGUCUUCCGAGCGUCGGAGGCCUCCACCGAGAAUGCCACGUUCAAGGGCUAUUACGCAGGCAUCAGCACCUCGGGCGCUCUGUUCCUUGGCCGGGUUGAUGGGACUGAGCUUACCAUCCUGGCCGGCGAGGAGGCCGGUGUCGAGAUGGCGCAACAGUAUCGUCUGAAGGUGACGGCAGAUGGGAGCUCGAUCCAGGUGGCUGUCAAUGACGAGCAGAGCACAGUUAUCAGCGUUACGGAUGAUGUCUAUGGUAGUGGAAUGGAUGGCGUCAGGAUAUUCAAGGCGGAGGCGGAGUUUGAUAACGUGAACAUUACUCGCAUCGCUCCAAGCCGAGGAAGAGUUGCUGCGUCGUUGUUCGUUGCCUCUUUGGAUUUCAUGCAACCUCAGCUGUUUUGA